UCAGCUCGAGCAGUGAAGACGUGUCGCAUGUCCCGAUCUUAUAAAGUGUUAAAGAAAAUUUAAGAAAAAGUGUUUCUUCAGUGUUAAACGUCAAAAGGAAGACAAUUACAUACUAUUCAAAAAGAUCGAUCACGCGUAUUUUGCUAGGAUUUGUCUACUAAUUGCUGAUCAUCAGUAUCCAAAGAGGAAGACCACCACGCAUAAUCAUAAUGUUGACAAUGAGAAGUGGGAGAACUAAUUUAAUGCUUUUAGCUAUCAUUGCCUUGGGACUUUGUCAAACUAUCACAGCAUCGCCGGUCACCAAUGAGGAACUUCGCGGCACAAUUCAAUCUCUGAUCUAUUCAUACAAUCAGCUAGACAAUAAACUGGAACGACAUGAACAUCGCGAACGUGCUUUGGGUGAGAUAAUGAAAAAGGCUAUGCAAUCGCUGCAAAAGGGACAAAAAAGUUUAGAGCCCAUAAAUGGGAUAUUCGGACGUCUGGAUGAACGUGUCAGUCAGAUUGAGACAAUGCUUAUAACCCAAGAGGAAAAGUAUAAUGCUCAGUCGGAGAAAUUCAAUCAGGCCAUGGAACACAUGUUCAAAUGGAUGCGUGAGAAUGACGAAUGUUUCAAAAAUCCACCAGGCAAUCCCCAGCCGGCUACUGCACCAGCCGCCAGCGGCUUGCCCAAAGAGUUUAUCGAGGACCAACAGCAAAUCAAUAAACAAGUUUUGGAUGAACUCAAAAAACUUUCCACUCAGGUUACUAAUCUCUUGGAUAGCAAUAAACAAUCUGCACUUAAGAAUGAACAAGGUUUCGAAAAGAUGCCAAAGACAAGUGAUCUGCUGUCCCAAAUCGAGGCAAAACUGCAGGAACAUAAGGCUGCUGCCGCUGUGACCACAGCUGCUCCUCCGGUCAAGAAUAAUGAGUUUGAAUCACAACUUAUGCAGCGUCUAACUGCUUUGAGCACUGAUUUGGCCGAUUUGCGAAAUGCUCCGCCACCAUCGACACCUGCUCCAUCACUUGCCAUUGCUGGUCUCAAUGAACAGGACAAGGCCUACAUUCAGGAACUAAACAAUGAGACACUAAAUGCCUUGGCAGCCCUGAAAAGUGAGACUGUUGCGGCUCAGACAACAGCUCUGGUCAAAACAACGGAAAAACUGAGCCAAGCCGAGUCAAACAUUCAAGGAGACGUUAAGCAAUUGUCUGCUGAUAUGGGUGAACUGAACAAAUUCUUUGCGGCGAUUAAUGCCAGCAAUAGCAAACUGAACGAUGGCUUCGAGGCAAUGGGCAAGUUCAAUAACAUAAUGAUGACCAACUCCGAGGUGGUCUUGGACACACAGCGCAAGGUUGAGUUCGGUACAUUGCAAAUUGUGCAGCGAGUUAGUCAACUGCUGGAAAAACAAGUAGCCGAAAUGACGGAAUUCCUGAAGGCACGAUUCAGUGCCACGGAUUUGACCAUUGUGAAUACCCAGUCGGAAGCCAAUCGCAAUAUUAGUAACCUGCUCGACACUGGUCUCACUCAGGUGUGGCAUCGCAUCGAGAUUAUGAGCAGCGAAAUAAGCCAAAGCCGGGAGAUGCUCUCCCUAAUGCAGGCCGGCCACGAUGGCUAUGUGAAUAGCACUUUCAACACAAUGAUGGGUCUAAGUGGCAAGGUGGAGGAGACAAAGAAACAUAUGAUCGAUAUGGAUGAUAAUUUAAAUUAUUUACUUGGCAAAUUGACUCUAAUGUCCGGAGAGUUUGCCAACAUUAAGAAGGGUCUAGCCGAUUCACUGGAAGAUCUGCGUAAUUCUUUCCAUUUGCUGCAUGAACGUAUGCCCACUGGUCCGGGACCGCAUAACAUUGACAAAAACCAAUAUCUAACCGAUGUCAAUUUGUUGUCCAAGCGACAUGCACAACCGCAAGGAUCUGAGAGCAAAUAAAAUGAAGCAAGUCAGCUUAAAUAAAUAUACGAUAUACAGCAAUAACCUUAACUUUAGAUUCUAAGUCCAACUACAUAAACUCACACAAGAAUUGAUCAUAUUUCAAAAAGAAAUCGUAUUAUAACAUAUUGAAUUUGAAUUAAUACUGCUGAUAUCGGGGGACAAAGUUCGUUCAAUUAAAUGGAAAAUAUGAAAUGUAUUGACAAAUGGCUGAAAUAAAACAUUUGUAUGUAAAAUAAA